AUGGCCCUACGAAUACGAAGGUAUGAUAGGAAGUACGAAGGUACCUUCGAAGGUAUAACUUCGUGCGUAUUACGAAAGUACUUCUGUACGGAAGUACUUCCGGAAGUACAUUGCAGCGUUAUGUCUAUCUGCUAUAACAUUACUAGGGCCACGUACUUCGCGCCGAGGCUAAGUUGUAACUUAUUACUUAAGUAUUUCCGAAGUAUUUCCGUAGGGCCCACGUGUACUUGCAGGACGUGCUUCCGGAAGUAUUAUCCAUUUUCCGGAAGUACCUCCGUACAACGUUGUACCUUCGGUACUGUACGUGUACGGAAGUCCUUCCGUGGAAGUAAACUGUAG